AUGGCAAAAGGCCAGGGUCAAAUCCGGGGCACACUGCUUAUACGUCUCGAGCCAUUCCAUCAAGAAACAGUGAAUAGCUUGCCUCCGAGUGGGACUUUCCCCCGAACGCAUUCUGUAGUGAGGCGGUCGACGACACCACAAUACCUCAAACACCGUUCCAAGUGGGGCAAGUUCGACGUGAACAUCAUGCUGAUAUUCCCGGGUACGAAGUGGUGCGGAAAGGGUAACCUGGCGCCCUGCUAUGAUGACCUGGGCCCGGACAUGGAAUUGGACAGGGACCACAACUGCUGCCCCUACGUGAUUCCGGCCUUUUCUUCACGGUCAAUCCUCUUCAACUACCAUUUCCACUCUCUGCUCCACUGCGACUGUGCUCAGAGGUUCCGUAGCUGUCUCUGUUAUAUCGUGUCCACGAUGGCCAGUAUGAUUGGCAAGAUUUACUUCAACUCCCUGGGCAGCAAGUGUUUCCGGCUCACGAAGUUUGACGUUUGCAUGGAGUACACGUUGCCGGGCCGCUGCAAGCGGUACCAGAUGACCGCCACGCUCAUCAACCAAGCUUCAUACCUACAGAACGACAGGCGCGUUGAAGCGGCAAGCAUCACCGCCAGCAUUUGA